UAGGGUAGUACGAAUUUAUGGUGUUCUUCUAAUGUUUUAUUUGUUUUACAUAUUACUUGUAGCGUUGUGAUGCGGUUUCCUUUCAGCGCGAUGAUGGCAGCCUCGUUCUGAGACAACCGAAGCCGAAUCCUGUUUACCGCCAUCUUGGUUUAUGUUGUUGCACUGAAAGUACCGCCAAAUGCCGCGCGGAAGACCACCAAAAAUACGUCCAGCCGUCCCUCCAACCCAAGGAGAUGGGGAUACUGCACUGUUGGCUCCGACCAGCGAUGAACCCCACAAAUGCGAGGUGUGCGGCAGGGAGUUCACCAAAUGGGCUCCGUACCAGCGCCACCUGCGGGAGCACGCGGACGACAAACCGUUCCGCUGCACCGAGUGUACGCUGUCCUUCAACGUGGAGUACAACCUGAUGCUGCACUCGGCCAUCCACAACACAGACAGCCCCACCUGCCCCGACUGCGGGAAGAAGUUUUCCCGCGUGGCCAGUCUGAAGUCUCACAUCAUGCUGCAUGAGAAAGAAGAGACGCUCAUCUGCCAGGAGUGUGGGGAGGAGUUCAGCCUGCAGAGCCAGUUGGACCGCCACAUGCAGGACCAUACAGAUGAAGCCUCGGGGACGAGGUCCUUCCCCUGUAAGGUCUGCACCAAGGACUUCGACUCUGCGUCUUCCCUGCAGAACCACAUGAGGCAACACUACAAGGCCAAGACCACUCUCUUGACACCACGCAAUCAUCGGAAAAACCUUGACCGAUCUUCAUUCAUCAACAAGUGCGACUCCUGUGGCAAGACCUUCCAAAAACCCAGCCAACUGGAGCGCCAUAACAGAAUUCACACAGGCGACAGGCCUUACAAAUGUCCACAGUGCCCUAAAGCCUUCAACCAGAAGGGGGCGCUGCAGAUCCACCAGAUCAAGCACACCGGAGACAAGCCGCACCAGUGCCAUCUGUGUAACCAGGGUUUCUCCCAGAAGGGUAACCUGCGUGCCCACAUCUUGCGUGUCCACACCGUACCUGAGGACGAGAACACGCCACGCUACCCCUGUGAAGAGUGCACCUGCGUCUUCAGGAAGUUAGGCAGCCUCAACGCACACAUCAGCCGCGUGCACUCUGAUCAGGGACCCCCCACACAGGUCCCAGCCAAGCUCCCUAUAGUCACCAGCGCAGAAACCAGUCAGAAUCAAACAGUGACUGCAGGACAGUCACUCACACCUGCAGCAGAUGCCAUCCAACAGCUGCUCGACCUCUCAGAGCAGCACGGUGGGGUGAUGACACAGCAGCAGCUGCAGCAGAUAGCAGGGGAGGGGGCCAUCAGCUCCGACAUCCUGCAGCAGGCUCUUGAGAACAGCGGGCUGACUGCUGUCCCCCUGGAUGCGCAGACAGCACAACAGGUACAGCAGCACCCUGUGGUCACCAUCUCAACCCAGACAAGGACAGGUGACACCAUGAACGACGCUACGGGAGAAACCAGGGAGACAACCACGCAGCUCCUUCUUUCAUCCCAGGUGCAGCUCGUCACAGGGCAGAAGCAGAGGACCAUCCGCAUGCACCUCUGCACCUACUGCAACAAGGAGUUCCGCAAGCCCAGCGACCUGGUGCGUCACAUCCGCAUCCACACCCACGAGAAGCCGUACAAGUGCAGUCAGUGCUUCCGCGCCUUCGCCGUGAAGAGCACGCUCACCGCGCACAUGAAGACGCACUCCGGCGUCAAGGAGUUCAAGUGCCACGUGUGUGAGAAGAUGUUCUCCACUCAAGGAAGUCUGAAGGUACAUUUGCGGCUUCACACGGGUGCCAAGCCCUUCGACUGCCCACACUGCGACAAGAGGUUCCGCACAUCGGGCCACCGCAAGACGCACAUCGCCUCCCACUUCAAGGAGCCCCAGCAGAGGAAGAGCCGGAAGAUGUCCAAGCCUCGCCUCAGCAAGUCCAACCUCCAACUACAGGACAUCCCUCUGCAGGAACCCAUCCUCAUCACUGAUACAGGUUAUAUCCAGCAACCCCCGAGGAACAGUUCCAGCUUCAACCAGUUCCUGCCCAACGGUAACAACCAGUUCAUCUCCCAGGGCAGCAGCGUGGACCGCCCGUACAAGUGCGGCUUCUGCAGCAAGGGCUUCAAGAAGUCGUCCCACCUGAAACAGCACACACGCUCGCACACCGGAGAGAAACCAUUCAAAUGCCUGCAGUGCGGGAAGUCGUUCGUGUCGUCGGGCGUGCUGAAGGCGCACAUCCGGACCCACUCCGGUAUCAAGGCGUACAAGUGUCUGAUCUGCGACGCCCUGUUCACCACCAAUGGCAGCCUGAAGAGACACAUGUCCACCCAUAGCGAGGUCCGCCCCUUCAUGUGCCCGUACUGCCAGAAGACUUUCAAGACAUCCGUCAACUGUAAGAAACACAUGCGGACGCAUCGCGCCGAGCUGGCAGCCCAGGCACUAUCCCAAGCUGCAGCAGCUGUCGCCGGGGAGGGCGACGACAGCGAGGAACAGCAGGAACAGCAUUCACAGCAGCAGCAACAGCAAGGUACAAGUCAGGACACUCAGUCGCUGGACAUGGGCAUGAGUGACCAGCAGCUGUUGAGCCUGGGGCUGGACCAGCAGGACUUGGGAGGGACAGCAGGACAGGGACAGAGUGUACAGGACUUACUGUCAGGAGCACAGGGCCAGGACAGCCUGACCCAGGACCAGCACCUGAACCAGUUUGGUCAGCAGGGCUUCCAGACGUCCACCAGUUUCAGCGGGACGGGCAGUAUGAACCAGGACUCCACCUUCGCUACCGUGCAGCAGCUACAACAGCAGCUGGACGCUGCCACUCAGAUGCAGAACUACCAGCUGACCCCACAGCCUUGGCAACAGACGAGCCAACCACAGGACAGCGGCGGGAUCUCGCGGGACCUGAUGCGCCAGGCUAUCGUACAGCAGGAGACGGAGGACGGGCGCCGCGUCUACAAGUGUCCGUACUGCGACAAGUCCUUCAAGAAGUCUUCUCAUCUCAAGCAGCAUGUGAGGUCCCACACAGGCGAGAAGCCUUACAAGUGCCAACAAUGUGGAAGGUGCUUUGUGUCCAGUGGGGUGCUUAAGGCUCACCUGCGAACUCACUCCGGCAUCAAGGCCUACAACUGCCACAUCUGUGACGCCCGCUUCACCACCAAUGGCUCCCUCACACGUCACAUGAUCAUCCACAGCUCCAUCCGCCCCUUCAAGUGCCCGUACUGCCCCGACACCUUCCGCACUUCCCUACACUGCAAGCGCCACAUGAAGCUACACUGCGACAAACAGACCGAAAAAGAGCGUCCGGUCGUCCGGCGGCCUCGAUCAAACAUCAUCCAACUGCCAGCAGAAGAAGCAGACCAGCUGGCGAAAUCGCAGCCCGAACAAGCUCGGUCUGUUUCGGAGAAAGUCCUGAUCGCGUCUGCCGCGGAGCGCAGUCGAGUGAGCGAGAUGGUAGUGGACAAAGAGGAGCUGUACAGGGAGGAGCCAAAGUUUCCUAACCAGUGUAAACACUGUCCCAAGAGCUUCAAGAAGCCAAGUGAUCUCGUCAGACAUGUACGAAUACACACGGGAGAGAAGCCUUUCCAGUGUGACGAGUGUGGGAAGCGGUUUACAGUCAAGUCCACUCUGGACUGCCAUGUCAAGACCCACACAGGGUCCAAGAACUUCAAGUGCCACGUGUGCUCCUCACCAUUCUCCACUAAGGGGAGCCUCAAGGUCCACAUGAGGCUCCACACCGGUGCCAAGCCCUUCAAGUGUCCGCACUGCGAGCAGCGGUUCCGCACCUCGGGUCACAGGAAGAACCACAUCACCUCCCACUUCAAGCCCAGCACCCCCAAGAAGAGGAAACCCACGCAGCGCCAGGCUGAGCUGCUGCAACCAAUCAACCUUCUCACUACGGGUGACCCGAACACCUUGACCAGCCAGGCGGUUCUGACCGGUCCGUUGACCGCCCUUGACCAGAACCUGCUGUCCCAGGGUCAGACAACCCUGCUGCCCAUCAGCAGCGGCAGCCUGGACAGUUUCGUGAACGCGUCAGAGAGCGGAGUGGUGACGGGCAUCCUACAGGGUCUGGAGGGCAUGCAGCUGACCUUCACUACAGUUAAUGUAGGACAGGGGGCUGUACAGGUUGCCUCCAUCGAUCCAAACCUUCUGCAGACUGUGCAGAUCGACCCCAGCCUGCUGCAGCAGUCCCUGCAGCAGGGGUCUGUGGGAACCAGCGUUGUCACCCAGACGCUCACCAACACGGACGGCAGUCUGGUGCAGGUGGAACAACCCAUCCACACAACCCUGGGCACCACUGAGCCUGGGUCGUCCAUACAGACUUCUCCUGGUGCAGCUAUUACAGGUACCGCAGCUACCUCUGUUCAGGCAGCCCACACCCAACUAACACCAUCAGACGCAACAAGCACGGCUGGGCUCACCAUGGCAACCCACGUCCAAUCAGGGGUCUCGUCUCAGAUGGAUGAUGACAGCACCCGAACCCCUCACCAACAGGCCGUGGGAUUCGCUAACACAUCCCAGGGGGGUGGCAUUGUAGCGUUUACCAUCCAGGGGGGAGUCCACCCCUCAACAAGCAUCGGGGAGGAGCUCACGAUACGAUCCCAGCCAUCAAGUAGUGUGGUGUCGUCCUCUCAGGAACAACAAGGCAUAAUGGUCGCUUCCAACAGCGCUUCGAAUUCGUUAGCAGCGGUAACCUUCCUUCCUGCGACCAUCCAAGCAGGCUCCAUGCCUACCCAAGUCAUGGCAAGCUCGGCCCAGGCACUACAGCUAGGGGAGGAUGGACAGGGGGUCAUGGUGUCGGCAGACGGAGCCCCGACGGCCAUACAGUCUGUCAGAGACAGCGUAGUGCCAGGGACAGGGGUGCUGGUGGAGCCAAGCGUCUCCAUCACCAACACCAUCUCCUCCGUGCUGGUGUCACAGGAAUCCAUCCAGGGCAACCCUGCGGACCUGACGGAGAUCACCGCGUACGAGAUCCCGACCGUGCAGGAACAGGACGGGGUGGGUGGCAGCGCUCAGCCCGACAAGACUUCGGAGACCGGGCAGAUCUACGUGUGCCAGGACUGCGGGCAGUCUUUCACGCAGUCCCCGCAGUGGAAACGGCACCAGCGAGAACAGCAUAGUCCGUCGCGGAACCACAUUUGUCCGACCUGCAACAAGGCCUUCAAACGCUCCUACCAUCUCAAGGAACAUAUGCAGACUCAUGAGGCCAACAGUCCUGACAAGUCCAAGAAGCCGGCGCCGUUCACGUGUGAAACCUGCGGGAAAUCGUUCCACCGCCCCAGCCAGCUGGAGAGACACGUGAGGAUCCACACCGGGGACCGACCCUUCGAGUGCCCCGAGUGCAGCAAAUCCUUUAACCAGUCCAACGCCCUUCAGAUGCACAUGUACUUGCACCAAAGCGAAAAACCCUACAGCUGCCAGUAUUGCAACAAGCCGUACGGGCAAAAGGGGAACCUCAAGAUCCACAUCGCUCGCGUCCACGCAGGGGAGGUGGAGCGGGAGAGGGAACAGCAAGGCAACAGUGCCACCCACUCGGGGAGUGAGGAUGCAGGGGGAGACAGCCAAGGAAUCACUAUGGAAGUCAUUGAUACUGAUGUGUUUUUGCAACAGUAAAGUAUACAUAUACAGCUACUACAGUAUUGUCUCGGUUUGGAAAAUGUGCUUAGUACUUAACAACCUGCAGAAGAGUAAGAAAACGGCUUGUGGGUACCUUUAAGGACUAAGAUACUAAAAUUAGUUACAGUAAAAUGGUAAAAUCACUGACCCCUUGUGUUUCAAUGAAGUUGCCAUUUGUGUUUGGAAAAUUUGACCGUAACAUACCCAAGUCUCAGAAACCAUGCAUACAUCUGUGCAAAAGGAUCUUGAGUGAUAAUUUUGCAUCCAAAUGUUAGCUUUAUUUUUAUAUGAUGGCACAUGAAAAACAGUUCUUUGAUCCUUCCAUGUGUUACAAAACUUGUGAAUAGAUGACAGUCUUGGUUCUUCAUAAACAGUUCGGUUAAGUUGAAACUUCACAGUUUCUCCUUCAGGUUUUUCUUUCACAUUACAGUAAUAUACCUUACAAAGGUAAGAUGUGGCUAUAUCAUUGUUUUCAUUUACGCCUUGUACUAGACUUGUACUUUGUAUUAUAUAAACGUCUUUUGGGGUAAACUCUCUAAGGAUUUCAAAAGUCCCACUUUUGAAUCAGGCAAUUUUCGCUUAAUCUUUAAAUUUGAAGAUUCUACACAUUGUAAGUGUACCAAAAGGAAAGUUCUACAGUAAUAACUUAAAUAAAUAGAACUAAAGUAUAUGCAUCAGCCUCAGUUUGAGAAACAAUACAUGUAUGUACUGUAUUUUUUUGUUGUUGUAUUUUUCUGUUUUUAUUAGCUUACUGAGGAACUGCCAAAGACACAAAAUAUUUCCUGAAGAUUAAUUUUUCUAAGUAAACUUGAAGACUAAGACAUACCUAUAUGUUGUAUAUUGUGUAAGGUGAAAUACUAUUAUAAUAUUCAGGACUAACCCAAAGAGCUUUGUGCUAACA